GAUCCCCGUUGUGCUGGUUUCUCCCGCGCGGUGUUUGUCGGCCAGGUCGGGGGCCCCUGGAAGGCUGGCCCUUCCUUCCCUCCGGGGUCUGACGCCGUGCAGGCGCCGCCGCAGAGGAGCUGCUGGGGGAGAAAACAAGCCCGCCGCCUAAAGGUUCACACCGGCCUCCUCGUCGCCGUUUCUUGCAGGAUUUCGGGUCCGGCUGUGUUGUUUCCCUAGAGAGGAGCCGCCCCCCCCAUCCCGUCCCACUGAAGUCUGCCAUCCUGCAGGCGGGGUUCCUUGGGGCUGCGUUACUUCUGAGUAGACCUCCCUCGGAUUGCACAGUCCAGAUUUUGCAGGAAUGAGCUUGGAGGGAAGAUGAUAAAGGAGGAAAAAUCGACAAUCACAGAAGCAGGAAAAGGACAGAAAAUGGAGCCCACCAAGGGGAUGCAAGAGCAUUGGGAUGCCCAGUGGCAGGAGGUCCUGGAGACCCUCCAAUCCGUUCACCCAGGAGGAGGAAACGCAGCAGCAUCAGAGACGGUGCCAUGGGAGGAUACCAGGGCCUUCCUGGCCUCCUUCGAGCAAGUGGCCAAAGCCUGCCAGUGGCCCAAAGCAGAGUGGGCAGCCCGGCUCCUGCCAGCACUGAAUGGCAUAGCGGAAGAGGCCUUUCGGAGCCUGGAAGCCGGAGACAGGGAGGAUUAUGGGAAAGUGAAGGCUGCCAUCUUGCGAGGGGAUGCCCUGAGGAUGGAGGUGAGACGCCAGCACUUCAGGCACUUCAGCUGCCAGGAGGUGGAAGACCCCCGGAGGCUUCACAACCAACUCCAGGAGCGUUGCCACCGGUGGCUGAGGCCGGAGAGGCGCAGCAAGGAGCAGAUCCUGGAGCUGCUGAUCCUGGAACAGUUCCUGGCCAGCCUUCCCCCAGACCUCCAGGACUGGAUCCGGGCAGGAGGGCCUGACACGUGUUCCCAGGCCGUGGCCCUGGUGGAGGACUUCCUCAUGAGCCAGCAGAUGGUUCAGAAAGAGAAGUGGCAGGGACCAAUGAAGGAGGAGUGUUUGGCCUGCCCGGAGGCAGAGGAAGGAGAGCCCUCCGUGGCUGUGGAGGGAGAAGUCUACAAAGAAACCAUGCCAAACACUGAUGCGCAGAUCAGUGUGCUGGGUGUUGCGAAGGAAAGUCAAGUAAAAAUAGAGAAUCCUCAGUGGGGAGGAACUAAAACAGAGGACGGCUCCAGGACAGCCCUACAGAUAAGCCAAGAGAAUGCAGUGGUAAGAGCUGAGCAGCAAGAGGAGGGCUGGGAAUCUAAAGAGGAAUUGGGAAAGCCACCAUUGAUGAGAGAGAAUGAGUGUCUUGGGCCCACAGAUGUUCUUCCAGCGGCAGUUCUGCAGCCUUCUGAAAGAGACUCGAGGGAAGAGAUGCCCCUGUUCUCCAAAUAUGGUAGAAGAUAUCGUUUCAGAUUGGACCUGGAUGUGGUGGAUUCUAAGGAGGACCACAAUGAAUUUCCCAUGUCCGAGGAAGGCUUCCUUCGAAACUCAUGCUUGAGGGAACGGCAAAGAAUGAUAACAGGAGAAAGGAGAUCUGAAUUCCCUGAGAAUGGCCAAGGGGGUCAUUUGGCAGAAGAGAAACCCCAUCACUCUUCUGAGUUCGAGAACCGAUUGAAUUACCCCAAACCACCUGAAAGGAAUGAAGGAGGUGGAAGCCGAGGAAGGAUGUACGAGUGUUCCCAUUGUAAGAAAUGUUUCAGCGAGAGAGAACAUUUGAUCCAUCACGAGCAACUUCAUACUGGAAGGAAACAGUGGGAAUAUCCCAGGUCUGAGAAAGCCUUCCCCUUCAGACAAGCCGUAAUGCGCUACCAGCGGAUUUAUACCGGGGAGAAACCGUACAAGUGUUCUCAGUGUGGGAAGAGCUUCAGUGAGAGAGAAAAUCUCAAAAGACAUCAGAGGACCCAUACUGGCGAGAGACGGUUUAAAUGUGGCGAAUGUGGGAAAAGCUUCAGUCGGAGCGAUUUUCUUAAAAGCCACCAGAGAAUUCAUACCGGAGAGAAACCAUACAAAUGCUUGCAGUGUGGGAAGGGCUUUGCUGUGGGAGGAACCUUGAAGAAUCACCAGCGAACCCAUACUGGAGAGAAGCCGUACAAAUGUUUGCAGUGUGGGAAAUGCUUCACAGUGAGAGGAGAUCUGAAGAACCACCAGAGACUUCAUACUGGGGAGAAACCCUACAAAUGUUCGCAGUGCGGGAAAGCCUUCACUCUGAGGGGAGGUUUGAAAAAUCAUGAGAGAAUUCACACAGGAGAGAAACCAUACAAAUGUUCUCAAUGUGGGGAAAGCUUCAGGCGGAGCGAAGUGUUGAGGAGCCAUCAGAGGAUCCAUACUGGAGAGAAACCGUACCAGUGCCCUGAGUGUGGGAAGGUGUUCAGUCAGAGAGGAUCCUUGGUGAGGCAUCAUAAAAUUCAUACAGGGGAGGAUAAAAGAGUUAUCAUUGUGGAAAAUCUCGAGUGUGUCAGGAGAGAGAAUGAAAAAUACAGGGACCCUUCAGUGAUAUCGGCCAAAGCAAGGAAGCUUAAAAUGGGGAAAGGUCGGCGGAGGCCUCAAAGGUGUGAAGAAAGCCCAGCACAGAACGGGAGGAAGAAAGCCACUCCUUCUAAAUGCGUCGACGUCCAUGAACACUUGAUCUCACAAACGUAUAGAAGAAGAAGACGGGGAAAGUGCCCAGUGUGUGCAAAACUUUUCCGAUAUCAGUCAGCAUUAAGUAAACACAUUGGGAUCCACACAGGUGAGAAUCCAUACCAAUGCAUGGAAUGUGGGAAGAGCUUCAGGUGGAAUGGGCAGCUUGUUUCACAUCAAAGGAUCCACACAGGGGAGAAACCUCAUCAAUGCACAGAAUGUGGGAGAAGCUUCAGAUUAAACCAGUAUCUGACGAUCCAUCAAAGAUCACACACAGGAGAGAAAAUCUAUGAAUGCACGGAGUGUGGAAAGCACUUCAGCUAUCAUGGGAGUUAUAGUGAACAUCAAAAAACCCACACAGGGGAGAGGCCCUAUAAAUGCCUGGAGUGUGGGAAAGGUUUCACUGUAAGUGGGAACCUUACUGUCCAUCAAAGAAUCCACACAGGAGAGAAACCCUAUAAAUGUAUGGAAUGUGGGAAGAGCUUUGGGGAUAGCGGAAGCCUUAAUAAACACCAAAGGACCCACACAGGGGAGAAGCCCUACCAGUGUGUGGCAUGUGGAAAGAGCUUCCGUGAAAGCGGGCAGUUAACAUCACACAAAAGAACCCACACGGGGGAGAAACCAUACAAAUGUGUAGAGUGUGGGAAAUGCUUCAGUGUACGCCAGAAUCUUAAUGUCCAUCAGCGAGUCCACACAGGGGAGAAACCAUAUAAAUGCAUGGAGUGCGGAAAGAGCUUCAGCACAAGUGGACAGUUUAAUAUACAUGAAAGGAUUCACACAGGAGAAAAACCAUAUCAAUGCACAGAGUGUGGGAAAAAAUUCAAUAUGCACUCAAACCUUACAAAACAUCAAAGAGGAGUCCACAGGGGAGAGAAAUCUUAUAAAUGCAUGGAGUGUGGGAAGAGUUUCAGUCAAGGUCAACAUCUGACUGUCCAUCAAAGGACUCACACGGGGGAGAAACCACAUACAUGCAGAAUGUGUGGGAGGAAUUUCAGUGAUAAUUCAUGUCGCAUUAAGCAUGAAAGGACACACACUGGAGAGAGGCCAUAUCGAUGUGUGGAGUGUGGAAAAAGCUUUGGUAGGAUUGAUAAUUCAUGUCGCAUUAAGCAUGAAAGGACACACACUGGAGAGAGGCCAUAUCGAUGUGUGGAGUGUGGAAAAAGCUUUGGUAGGAUGUCAGUCCUUUCUUUACACCAGAAGCUACACACUGGGGAGAAACCAUAUAAAUGCCACAGUGUGGCCGAAGAUUCAGCAGCAAUGGAGGCCUCACUAAACAUGAAAAAAUCCAUACAGACGUGA